UUUGCACUCAGAACACCACCUUGGGCUAUAAACACAGCCUGGGCCUCCCAGCCUCCAAUAAGCUUCUUCUCCAAGUGCAUCAAGUGCAUCUUCUCUCCUUGCCUGGACAUCAGCUCACCUCUGCUGGAAAUGGACCCCAACUGCUCCUGCCCCACUGCUGACUCCUGCAGCUGUGCUGGCUCCUGCAAGUGCAAGGACUGCAAAUGCACCUCCUGCAAGAAAAGUUGCUGCUCCUGUUGUCCCGUGAGCUGUUCCAAGUGUGCUCAGGGCUGUGUGUGCAAGGGGGCAUCUGACAAGUGCAGCUGCUGCUCCUAAGAUUGGGGGACCCAGCUCCAAAAUGCUAAGAGCAUAGCAUGUCCAAAACCAAUUUUAUGUAGCAUCUAAACCUGACUCCUACAUUUCUUUUUCUAUAAAAUAUGUGAUUAAUAAAAACUUAUUUUUUACUUCUGUA